UCAUGACGUAAUUUACAAUUAAAAUCUUUUGUUAUUAAAUAACAAAAAAAUCGAUUGUACUCAGCUAGAGUUAUGUCUCUUUUCGCAUUUGUUUGACAGACGACAGUAAUAUUAUUAUCGUCUGUCAACGUCAAGAGUGAGGCAACAUGUCAGGAGCUAAACGAGUGAAAAAAUCCAACUAUACUCAUUCCGAAUUAGAAAUAUUAACUGACGAAGUUAUGAGUAAUCAUUCAGUAUUAUUUUCUUCGUUUUCUUCAACCGUAACGAACAAAAGAAAGAUUGACAUUUGGGAUGGAAUAGCAGAAAAGAUGAAUGCCAAUACUGCUGGUGGCAGGAAUGGUGUUGAAGUGAGAAAGAAAUGGAAUGACUACAAAUGUCAGAUACGGAAGAAAGCCACCACUUGGAGAAGAGAGUCAACAAUGACAGGGGGAGGGUCUGCACCACCCAAUCUCAAUGCCAUUGAAGACCAGCAAAGAAAGAAAAAACGUCUGACAAACAACCAGCUGAACAUAUCGAAAUAAUGAUCGACUUGGAGAGAAAGAAGUUGAAUAUCCUAGAAAAACUGCUGGAUGUCGAAACCAGACGAUUAAAAGUGGAGGAUGAACAAUUUGCUUUUAUGCAAAACCAAUCAGUCUUGCAAAAUAUAAUUAUUUCUAAUGAGUCUACAGAAAUGUCCUGCAAACAAAAAAUGUGGUCUGCUGGAAAUAAAACGACAUGGGGUAUGGGAAGGCUUUGUGAUACUAUUAGAAAAGUUUUGACUUCUAAGAGGCAUUUUAGAGCAAUAUGGAAUUAAAAUAUAACACAAUCAUGAUUCGUCUGAUAUUUUGUUCUCAAUUGCAGAUUUAAUCAGUCAUAACUGAUGAUUUUUGCUUACUGUGUUUUGUUUAUUCAGCAAUUCUU